AUGUCCGUUGCGACCAUGCUUCAACCAGCAUCGAGAAUCUCCCGAGCCUCCUCCUCCUCGUCCUCCUCGUUUCAGCCCGUCGCACGACAGAACACCAUGUCGUCGCACGAUACUAGGUCAAUCCGCCAAUCCAAGCGGAUGUCGGUCACCGCUCUCUACCUGUCCAUGUCCGCAAAGGAUCGGGAUUUGGAAAUUUCGGAUGACCUGGCACGAGCCCAGAAAUAUCUUCGCGAACUCAAGACCAAGAUUUCGUCGCAGUCGAAGAAGAACUUCGUCUUGGAGAAGGAUGUUCGAUACCUAGAUUCGCGGAUUGCGCUGUUGAUUCAGAACCGAAUGGCGCUAGAAGAGCAAAACGAAGUCGCCAGCCACCUGGAUGAUACGGCCGAUCCACAAGAGGGAUUCUUCCCCAAUGACGAACGAACUCAGAAAUACGGCAACCUCCUCUUCCUUCUACAGUCCGAACCUCGUCACAUCGCCCACCUGUGCCGUCUGGUCUCCAUGGCCGAGAUCGAUUCGCUCCUCCAGACCGUCAUGUUCACCAUUUACGGAAACCAGUACGAGAGUCGUGAAGAGCAUCUGCUACUCACCAUGUUCCAAUCCGUCCUCACCUACCAGUUCGAUAACACUCCCGAGUACUCCUCCCUCCUGCGCCAGAACACCCCCGUCUCCCGUAUGAUGACUACGUACACUCGCCGUGGUCCCGGUCAGAGCUACCUCAAGCAAGUUCUUGCCGAUCGCAUCAACUCUUUGAUUGAGCUGCGCGACGUCGAUCUGGAGAUCAACCCGUUGAAGGUGUACGAGAGCAUGGUGAAGCAAAUCGAGGAGGAAACUGGCUCACUUCCCGACUACCUGGCCCGAUCCGUGACCGCCGAGGAUGCUGCCGACAACAAGCAGGUUCAGGCCAUUAUUGCCCCUCGCUUGAAGAUGUUGACCGAUAUUGCCAAUGGGUUCUUGACCACCAUUAUCGAGUCGGUUGACGAGGCGCCGUAUGGCAUUCGCUGGAUUUGCAAGCAGAUCCGUAGUCUGUCGCGUCGCAAGUAUCCCGAUGCCCAGGAUCAGACUAUUUGCACUCUGAUCGGCGGUUUCUUCUUCCUUCGUUUCAUCAACCCCGCCAUCGUCACCCCUCGCUCUUACAUGCUGAUCGACGCUACUCCGACCGACAAGCCUCGUCGUACCCUGACUCUCAUUGCCAAGAUGCUUCAGAACUUGGCCAACAAGCCUUCAUAUGCCAAGGAGCCUUACAUGGCCAGUCUGCAGCCUUUCAUUGAGGAGAACAAGGAGCGAGUGAACAAGUUCCUUCUCGACCUGUGCGAAGUUCAGGACUUUUAUGAGAGUCUGGAGAUGGACAACUACGUGGCUCUGUCGAAGCGUGAUCUCGAACUUCAGAUCACUCUCAACGAAAUGUACGCUACCCACGCUCUUCUGGAGAAGCACAGCCUGGCCCUCGCCCAGGACCACAACUCGCAUCUCUCCCUGCUGUUGCAGGAGCUCGGUGCCGCCCCGCCCCAGGUCCCCCGCAAGGAGAACCGUACCAUCACAGUUCCCCUGUUCAGCCGAUGGGAGACUGCUCUUGAUGAUUUGACUGCUGCUCUGGACAUUACCCAAGAAGAGGUGUUCUUUAUGGAGGCCAAGUCGACUUUUGUCCAGAUCCUCCGUUCCCUUCCCCCCAACUCCUCGGUCGCUCGCCGCCCCCUGCGCCUGGAUCGUAUCGCCGAGGCGGCUGCCACUCUUAAGAACGACGCCGUGAUGGUGCGAAAGGGUAUUCGUACUAUGGAGCUGUUGAGUCAAUUGCAGGAUAUGGGUGUGAUUGAUCGCUCCGAUGAGUUCAGCCUGCUCCGGGACGAAGUCGAACAGGAACUUGUUCAUCUCGGCUCCCUCAAGCAGAAUGUGCUCGAGGAAACUCGGAAACUCGAGGAGGUGUUUGCGACAAUCCGUGACCAUAACGCUUACCUGGUCGGCCAGCUGGAGACUUACAAGUCCUAUCUCCACAACGUGCGUAGCCAGUCCGAGGGCAAGUCGCGGAAACAGCAAAAGCAUCAGGAACUGGGACCGUACAAGUUUACGCACCAGCAGUUGGAGAAGGAAGGUGUCAUUCGGCGGAGUAAUGUGCCGGAGAACCGCCGGGCCAACAUUUACUUCAUGUUCAAGAGUCCGCUCCCUGGCACCUUUGUCAUCAGUCUUCAUUACAAGGGCCGCGCCCGUGGAUUGUUGGAGCUUGACCUCAAGCUCGACGACCUUCUCGAGAUGCAAAAGGACAACCUGGAGGACCUUGAUCUGGAAUACGUCCAGUUCAAUGUUACCAAGGUGCUCGCCCUUUUGAACAAACGAUUUGCACGCAAGAAGGGGUGGUAA